AUGGCUGCUCUGGCCUCAGUAAGGUGUGUUGCGGGCGACCGCCCGUCCACCUCGAACGAGGCAACAGCAUCGCCCGUGGAUCGACCAUCAACAUCAGGGGCCAGCAGCAAUCCUCGCCCUCGUCAAAGGGUAAAUCUUACGGGCGAGCUGUUUCGUGGAGCUCUGGAGGAAAGUAAGCAAGGAGUUUACAAGGUGAUAAGGUACCCGAUACCAGGUCAGACCUUGUGUUAUUUGUUUGAGCACCUGCGAACAACGACGCAAGGCAACGUCGUGUACCGCUGCACGGGCUGCCGGAAGAGUGGGAAGACCGUCAGCAUUGCGGUGGUCAAUGAAUACAACCUCGUUGGCGAUCCCGUGCACCUGCCGCACAUCUGCAUGCCAUGGAGGAACUCGAAGGAGCGAGUAGACCGUAUGGCAUAG